UGUUCGCUUUGACGCAAGUUGCUAGCUAUUAGCUAAAAAUGAAACCGAGCCCGACGCGGAUGAGGGGAGACAACAGAAAACGAAAACAAGCCACUUGACAGACGGCAUUCAUUCACAGCAAACAGUUAAAUUAGUACGUCAGUCGCUGAAACUGACUGAUUGACGCGGACUUUACAUGCAGCGACACUGAGGAGGUGCAAUAUUUGCGGGCAAGGCGGGCCUCCUUGAUGUCAACAACAAAAACACCUGAACCACUUCCAUUGCUCGCAAAUGUUUGUUACCUGCAAACAGACCUUCGUCAAAUUUUGGAAUGUUGAACGUCCACUUCUGGAGGACAUGCAUUGUCCAGGAAUGGAGACCAAGCACCCGGCCACUAUAGGAGACUGGGCGGUUAAUUGAAUAGAGGUGUGAAUUUGAGCAUUUAAGUAGCGGUGGCCGUGCCGAUCCGGUGUUGAGACGGACGCCGCUUGAACGAUGGCACACUUUGACACGGAGUACCAGCGCCUGGAGGCAUCAUACAGUGACUCUCCCCCUGGAGAAGAGAACCUGCUGAUGCACGUUCCCGAGGGAGCUAAAUCCCAGUGGCACCACAUAGAAAACCUGGACCUGUUUUUCCAGAGAAUUUAUAAUCUGCAUCAGAAGAAUGGAUUCACUUGUAUGCUGCUGGGAGAGAUCUUCGAGCUGGUUCAGUUUCUGUUUGUGGUCGGCUUCACCGUCUUCCUGGCCAACUGCGUAGACUACGACAUCCUCUUUGCCAACAAGUUUGUGAAUCACACGGAUUCGUCAAAGGUCACAUUGCCUGAUGCCUUUGUACCGGUGGACGUCUGCAGUGCACGCAUCCGGGACAAUGCAUUUGUCAUCUUCGUGCUGAUGAUCUCUGGGGUGUUUUGGCUACACCGCCUGGUGAAGUUCAUCUACAACGUAUGCUGCUACUGGGAGAUCCGAUCCUUCUACAUUCACGCCCUGAAGAUGACAAUGUCAGAGCUGCCUUAUGCAACAUGGCAGGAGGUCCAGGCCAGGAUAGUGGAGAUCCAGAAGGAGCACCAGAUCUGCAUCCAUAAAAAAGAACUGACAGAGCUGGACAUUUACCAUCGCAUCCUUCGCUUCAAAAACUACAUGGUUGCCAUGGUGAAUAAAUCUCUCCUUCCCGUGCGCUUUCGACUUCCUGUACUUGGAGACUGUGUGUUCUUUACCCGCGGCCUCAAGUAUAACUUUGAGCUCAUCUUCUUUUGGGGUCCAGGUUCUCUGUUUGAGAAUGAAUGGAGCCUUAAGACAGAGUAUAAAAGAGGAGGAAAUCGCCUGGAGCUCGCCGACAGACUGGCGUCACGUAUCCUGUGGAUCGGCGUGGCCAACCUUGUCUUGUGUCCUGUCAUCCUGGUGUGGCAGAUCCUCUAUGCUUUCUUCAGCUACACAGAGGUGAUCAAGCGAGAGCCCGGUUCUCUCGGGGCGAGAUGCUGGUCUCUGUACGGUCGAUGCUACCUGCGCCACUUUAAUGAGCUUGACCACGAGCUCAUGUCUCGCCUUAGCAAAGGCUACAAGGCUGCCUCCAAGUACAUGAACUGUUUCCUAUCUCCUCUGCUAACCGUGGUGGCCAAGAAUGUCGCCUUUUUCGCCGGGUCUCUUCUGGCAGUCCUGAUGGCGUUGACCAUCUACGACGAGGACGUGCUGGCGGUAGAACAUGUCCUCUCCUCGAUUACGCUGCUGGGAGUGUGUAUCACAGUCUGCAGGUCAUUUAUUCCAGACAAACACAUGGUCUUUUGUCCUGAGCAGCUAUUGCGUGUCAUCCUGGCUCACAUACACUACAUGCCUGACCACUGGCAGGGCAAUGCGCACAGAUAUGAGACCCGGGACCAGUUCUCCCAGCUCUUCCAGUACAAAGCAGUGUUCAUUCUGGAGGAGCUGUUGAGCCCGGUGGUGACACCCAUCAUCCUCAUCUUCUGUUUGAGGAGGAAGUCCCUAGAGAUCAUAGAUUUCUUUCGGAACUUCACCGUAGAGGUGGUGGGGGUGGGAGACACGUGUUCCUUUGCCCAGAUGGACAUCAGGCAACAUGGGCAUCCGGCGUGGAUGUCAGCGGGAAAGACGGAGGCGUCCAUCUACCAACAGGCAGAGGACGGCAAGACGGAGUUGUCUCUUAUGCAUUUUGCAAUCACCAACCCCCAAUGGCAGCCUCCCCGAGAGACCACGCACUUCAUCAGCCAGCUGAAGGAAAGAGUUCAGCGAGAGGCCACCGCGGUGCCUCCAGAGUCUCAUCCACUCUCCUUCUCUGAAUCUGAACCGAGGAGCCUGAUUGCAAAUCUUCUGGUGGCACCAUCCACCCUGGCCUCUGUUCAUUUUGGCAGGGACGGUUCAUUGGGGAGUCAUGCAGCAGCAGCGGCGUUAGCUGCCAGUGAUGGGGCGUCCGCCUUGCGCUCCCUUUCCCCUAUCAGCAGCAGUUUUCACCUGAGAGGCAGCAUGAGUGCAGCCUAUAGGACCACUGGACAUGCCUCCACCACGAGCAGGACUAUGGCAGGCUCUGGGACGGAUGCUCGAACUGUGAGUUCAGGCAGCAGUGCGUGGGAGGGUCAGCUGACCAGUUUGGUCCUGUCAGAGUACGCCUCCACGGAGAUGAGCAUCCAUGCACUUUACAUACACGAGCUGCACAAGCAGCAGUCCCGCGGGGAGCUCUCUCGUCACACCUGGCACAGGCAGGAGAGCGACGAGAGCAGCGACAGCGUCCCGGACGAGGUCAAGAGCGUGCCCACCUCACGCUACAAAAACUUCCCUCGUUCACACACCUUCCCCACGUCGGUACCCAGUCCCUCUACUCUCAUCCCUUCUUCGGUUUCUGACAGCAGUGCUGCCGUGGCCCAGGAGGGGGCUUCAUCGCAACAGAGCAACCAGCGCAGAUACAGUGGAAAAUGGGAGGACCGUGCUGCCCAAGACGCAAGUCAGGGCAAGACACUACACUGCACAGAUUCUUUAGGGGGAAAGGUGGUGACAAGGUCAGCCCGUCUUCCAAUGGGCGGGUGGGCUGAGGAGUAUCAAUCGGCAGCACCACGACGCCACGAGUCACUACCAGAGGAGAGUUCUGAGGAUGAGAUGCCACCGCACAUCCGCAAGGUUUGUUAGACAAGCCAAGGGAUCGGCCACACCAACACACUUCACCACUCCUGACUGGAGCUUUCUUCUGGGGUCAAAGACAAAGAAGACUUGUCUACAACGGUCAAUUAAUUUAUCACGUGGGACAUUCAUGGAUUAAGUGGAAAUGUUGUCCGUAGAAGCUCUUAAUACAUGCCCAGUAAGAAAGUCUCGUAUUUGUGGAAAGAUAACACAGAUAAAAGAUAAUGUGCUGUGUCUUGAACUUGCAGGGUUGUGUACAAAUUGAACAGAAAUCAUGUUGUGGUUAUUAGAAAUCUACUGUGUGUCUGUAGAAACAUCUGUGGGUUCUUUUGCAGCUGUAAUCCUAAGCGAACGUGUCUUCGGCACAAGUGCAUGACUAUCACGCAUUAAUUCCAACCAAGAUUAGUGCAUUCACUUCCUCAAUACAAACCAUCACGUAAUAGCAUAGGAUCAUAACUUUUUUUUAACGUUCUUAUGUCAAUACAAAAAACAAUGAAGCACUUUAAUGACUUAAUGCAGAGGCUGUAACUUUAGAUUGUUUGCAUGUGUUUUAUGUUGUUGAUUUUAUAUGAAAUCACUUAUGAAAAGGGAUGUGUGCCAUAAUGUUAAUAAAGGUAAUGUUUACAGUUCGGCAAGCUGGUACGUUAAAGCCGGGUGUAGUGAUUCAGCGUAAGUGUACAAAAUGUGUGUUCAUAGUUCAUAGUGUAAAGUAAUACAAUUUUGUACAUAUGUUACUUCAGCUAUUAAACAGAAGCGAGCUAUUGUCUG